UCGCGUGCCUGUGCCCACGAAGCCGAAGCCAGGUUGCCCUGCAGGCCAGGAUCGGAAGCCUCUGCCCUGGAGUUGCCCAGCGCGCACACAGCCUGAAGGUUCCCAGACCCAAAAGUGAAACCUCCGCGACGCUGAGAGGAGCCGGAAAUGCCCCUGCCAAGAUGCACUGCAAAUGUCCAUCUAUGGAAAAUGUCCACCUAUGGAGGCAUGAACAAACAACGUGGUCAAACACACACGAUGGAGCGGUCGGCGUGCAGCCUCGCAGAGGAGGUUCUGACACACAGCACAGAGUGGGUGGACCUCAGAGCGUUAGGCCAAGGUAAGAAGUCAGGCAUGCAGGAGAACAGCUCUCAGGACCUGGGUGUAUGAAAUGAGAACAGGCAGAUCCUGCAGGGACAGAAAGCAGAGUUAUAGCUGCCAGGGGCGAGGGGCGUGGCAGUGUCUUUGGGGUGAUGGGAAUGUUCUCAGAUUGGUUGUGCUGGUGGUUGCCCGAGCCUGGAUAUGCUAAACACCCAGAGUUUUACACUUUUAAUGGGUGAAUUGUAUGGUUUAUGAAUUAUAUCUCACAUACCACAGUAACAUUCAAAGCUGUUACUGUGCAAACGUGAAGCCAAGUGACGACAUCCAGGCCCAGCGCAGGCUCUUGAUGUCCUUCCUUCCUGGGCCAUGUGUGGAUCGUGUCCGGGGCAAGGUGCCCAGGAGCCCCACACCCCGCUUCUCCACUGCUCCACUGCCACAUCCUGCCUCUAGGUCUCAUGACCAUCUGGAGCGCAUGCCAGGGUCCCUGCCGGUUGGCUGGCCUGAGACAGCCUACAAGCUCCACCGUGCACACUCACUGGCGGGGUGGCUGUGUGUCAGCACCCGGCACCACGUGUUCCUGCAGAUGAGGGCUCUGAAGUGAACUGGAUGAGGGCCCCGCCAGGUAGAGCUGCUGGCAUCAGCCCCGACGCCAGUGCAGGGGUUGUAUGUUUUGGAACGUUGGAGCCGCAAAUAAGUGGAAAUGCUGAUUCAAACAGGAAGGAACCAAUCUUGUGAAAGCAGAAGUUUGGAGCUGCUGUGAACUCUGGGCAGACACAGGCAGGCACUGUCCAUCGGAGGGGGGUGGUGUGGGGAGCAGGGUGACUUCAGUGCCUAACUGGGGUCUCUGAGGCCGUUUGUCUCUCCACAUCAGGGGACUAGAGUGCAGGCCAGUGAGCUCUGCUGGCUGAGGGCCUCUGGGGCAAUGGGUCCUCACCCAUUGGGGUAUGGGGCUCCCACAUCUGACCCAGUCGCUGGAGCCCAUUUGCCAAUAUGAGCAGGGCAUGCUGCUGGUGGUGGCAGGAUGCUCCAGGAGGCUGAGUGUGCGUGUCCGUGUUCCCGUGUGCAUAUAAUGUAAGCAUGUAUGCACAUGUCCACAAGUAUGGGUAUACGUGCAUGAUGUAGGUCUACGCAUGUCUGUGUUCAUGUGUGUGUAUUCGUAUGGCUGUGUUUUGCGUGCUAUGUGCUUGUACCUGGGUCUCUGUGUGUGUCCUCGUAUGUGCAGUCCUGUAUUCUGUAUGGUGUGUGCUGGGACCACCAGGCAUUCUCCUGCUUCUCCCUGUUCCCAUAGCAAAGCUUCUGGAAGGCUGUGUAGCCUCCCAGUGGCCCCUAACUUCCACCUCUCCAGUUGGUCAAGUUCUAGGCCAAGGGUAGGGGUAGCAGCCUCUUCAGUAUGGGGUGAAGCUGUUGUGGGCUUCUAGCUGGGGUAUGACUGGCCCCGGGUUUAUUUUUCUAGAAGGCCUUGCUGCCAUGUGGGUGGACCAGUGGAGGAGGCAGGUGCCAUCCACACGGAGGAGCAGUGCGGUGACUCCAGUGGCCAUGGCAACAGGGGGGUCAUGCUCCACUGUGCCCCCUGCCUCAGGCAGUGACCUGGGACUGAAUGCACCAUGGAAGGGUGUUGUUGCUGCCUGUUCAUGGGGAAUCUUAGUUCCCUGACCUGAUUAGGGAUCAUGGAACCAGUGCCCCUGCAGUGGAAGCGAGGAAUCUUAACUGCUGGAGGGCCAGGGAAGUCCGGGGUUCAGUUCUUUAGCAACAGCCUACCCAAGAGGCACUGGGCUGGUGAGUGGUGGUGUCACCAGGCUCCUGAGGGCAGAGGUCAGCCUGAAAAGGCAGGAAGUGAAUUCACUAGAGAAGCAGCAGAAGGAAGGCGGGAGGGGCUGGCCCUGCACCCCUCUCCCCCAUCGCCGGCCUAGGGAGCCCCAGGAAGUCUGGGGCAGCAUCGGGCGACAUGGGGGUGCAGAGGCCUCCCUGGGCAAACUCUGGGCAGGCCCUGGGUCCAGAGCCAGGGAGGACACUGUGCCUGAUGGGGAAAUGUGACCAGGGCUGGGAGGGGCUCUGGGCUGUGUGCAGGGAGGCUGUGGCACCUCCGAGAGAGCUGGAAGGAAGCAGCUCACUGCAGCCGCAGGCCUCUAUCACCCAGAGUGGGGCGGGCACCCGGCCAGACCCUGAAGGGAGCUGGGCAGUGGGGGCCGGUCCCUGUCCUGGAAAUGCCCAGCCCCUCGGAGGAACAGAGCAGGACCAGACCGGCUGCAAGAGGCAGCGGCUGGGACACCCCCUCAGAGGAGAUGGGGGAGUGUGGGGUGAGGGGAGGGGGAGUGGUCCUGAGGAACCCACCCGCGCUCCCACCCCACCGGGCCCACCCAGUCCCCGACCAUCCGGCUUCAGGGCACCGGGCCUCAGCGCAGGACGGGGUAGGGGCGUGGGGGGCGGCAGGCGGCGGCUCCACCCUGGGCCCUCCACCCAGUGACACGGGGCGCCGCAAUGUCGGCCGCUGCCCCGUGCCUCCAUCUCUGGAACCCACGCGGGCAAGGGGCGGCCUGGAGGGCCCUGCGCGCCUGAGAGCCGCUCGGCCCGGAGGGAACGAGCGCAGCGCUGCGGGGCCGAGGGGGUGCGGAUCGCACCGAAGUCCAGGAGUCCUUUCCUCCUGGGUUGAGUCCCCGCGGGGCCUCCUCCCGCUUGCCGCCCCCGCCCCCCUUGCUGGCCCGGGCCCUCGGCGGUGGCUCGGACCGUCGGGCAGCAGCGCCUGUCCAGCAGGCCCGCGGUCCACGCUCAGCGGAUCGCUGGGCGACGGGGCGGCCUCGGGCCCAGGGGAGCUCCGGAGUCAGGAGGGGCGGAGGCCGCAGGAAGGCCGGGCAGAAUCGGGAAAGGGUGCGCCGAGAUCAGCGGAGGCUCACAGCCGGUCUCCGGCUCGAGGUGCGUGACCAGCGGUUCCCGCACGGUCCUAGCGGCCCUGAGCCCUGCCUGGCUCCCUGGAUUUUCUGCCGGCAGGGGCUGGGGAAGCGGCACAGGGUCCUGCCCCACCCCGAGUGACCCUGCAGGGGAAGGGGCCCUACUGCUCUGGUUUCCCGUGCUCUUGAGCCUCCCUUUAUUUGCCCUAGCAGGAGGAGUCUCUGACCACUGGCCUCCAGGCAUCGCUUGGCUGGGGGUGGGUGGUGACUUUUGCACCUGGCAGGGUCCCUGUCC